CUCACUCUCUUUUCUCAACCUACGUUUCUCUUGCGGCAAUGGAGUUUGAUCGCCGGGCGGUGGUGGCUGUCUUAGUAUGCGUCGCAGUCUCGGCGGCGACGGCAGUGGCUGCCGGAAAUGGGUCGAGGUUUGAUGAGCUUUUCCAGUCCAGCUGGGCCUCCGAUCACAUGAUUUAUGACGGAGAACUCCUCAAGCUCACGCUAGACAAUUCCUCCGGUGCGGGGUUCUCAUCCAAAAGCCGAUACCUUUACGGCAAGGCAACCGCUGCAAUAAAGCUCGUCGGCGGUGACUCAGCCGGCACUGUCACGGCUUUCUAUAUGUCGUCGGAAGGAGCGAACCACGACGAAUUCGACUUCGAAUUCCUGGGAAACACGACGGGGGAGCCUUACCUUGUUCAGACAAACAUCUACGUCAACGGAACUGGUAACCGGGAACAGAGGAAUGAUCUCUGGUUUGAUCCUACAACUGAUUUCCACACCUACGGUAUUCUCUGGAACCCACGUCAGGUUGUUUUCCUCGUCGAUGAGACUCCAAUCCGCGUUUUCCAGAACAAGGAAGACAAAGGCAUCGCCUUUCCCGGAUACCAAAAAAUGGGAGUCUAUAGCUCGUUGUGGAACGCCGACGAUUGGGCUACUCAGGGAGGACGCGUGAAGACCAACUGGUCUCACGCACCCUUCGUCGUCAGCUAUCGCGAUCUCAAGAUCGACGGCUGCGAAGUCGCCGUGGAGGCCUCCGACGAAGACGAAUUGCGGCGGUGCAGCGGAAGCGAGUGGGGGAAGGAAGGACGGUAUUGGUGGAAGGCGCCGGAGAUGGAAGAGCUCACUGUUCAUCAGAGCCACCAGCUAUUAUGGGUGCGUGAGAAACAUCUUAUUUAUGAUUACUGCUCUGACGCCGCUCGGUUCCCUUCGGCACCACCCGAGUGCGUCCGGUAGUUCGUCUCUGUAAACAAGAUCGUAGAGCUCGCUACUGUCUUCCAUUGGCUUUACUCUUUUGUCUGUUGUUAGGUGGGAAAAAGGAAAAGGGGGAAACAACAAUGAAAAAGCCUGUAAUGGUUUCUUUUGAUGAUGGUGAAUGAUGUCACUGGUUCAGUGGCAUUGAUGAUUAGUGUAAAUGAAGCAGUGAUGUUUUUCAAAUUUACAGACGUAAAUUAAGUUA